AUGAACGAAGACAGGCCACACAAGACCCAGAGGUCAAGAGGAAUCUUCCUUAGAGUCAAGGCUCUCCUCCAUGUCUUCCACUCGCUCGCAUCCUCUCUACGGUGCAAAGGCCCAUUUCACUCUAGCCGCCGGCAUGAGCACACAUCGGCACACAAACAGACGCCCUCGACGGGCACCUCCGUGACGAGCAACCCAGUCCCGAUUCUCAUCGAAGUACCCAUUUCUAAUACCGGAGCAGGUCCACCAACCCGACGCAUGGAAAUCUACCCCCCAGGGCACCAGUGGCAGGCCUUGAACAAUUCCGAGAGAUAUACCUCGCUUGCUUGUCUCUGCACACACCUAGGCGAUCAGCUCCCACUCCAACUGGUCAAGCUCGUCGCGCGGGACGUACUUCGUGGCUUGAGAGAGGUGCACGAGAAGACGGGAGAGGCAUAUGGUGGUAUAUCGCCGACGAACAUCCUCCUCUCGCAGAGGGACCUGCGCGCGCUCGUUGGCCAACUGCGGGCUGACACAGAUCCGUCUCUCUACCGUUUCGACUUGUCCACGGCAUCGUUGGUGCAAAUACCGGAGCCGAAAGAGACAGAGAACGAGGGUUGUGAUGGCAAAGGGGUGUUCAGCCUCGCGGAGUUAGGCCCCGUCCGUAGUAUGAUUAAGCCGGAGGAUGACCUUGUGCAGGCAUUGCGAGCCCCAGAAGCGCUACUUGAGGCACCCUGCUAUACGAGCAUGGACGUAUGGGCUUUGGGGUGUCUGUUGUUCGAACUACUCACAGGCGAACCGCUCUUCGAUCCCAACUUCCAAACACGUGAACUCGAUAUCUCGAGAGAGGAGUCGCACCUCAUCCAAAUGAUCGAGCUUUUCGGUGAGAUGCCCAAAGAGCUUGUCAGGGCUGGCACGCUAAGUGAGAGAUGGUUCACCGAAGACGGCUGCCUUCGGAUCGAAACAACGUACUACCCUGUUUCACUGCGGUCCGUGCUGCAGAGGCACAUUGAUGCUUCGAACGUUGAAGGGACGACUGAGUUUCUUGAGAUGAUGUUGAAGCUUCGUCCGGAAGUCCGAGCCUGUCCGAAGGAUAUGAUCAAUCACCCAUGGUUCAGCAAUUGA